UGGCGGAUAAUCCAGACGUUCCGUCGAAUGUCACUUAUAAACAGCUUCAUGAACGGUUUGUGAGUGAUUUGAAUGGCACAUCGGUGUUUGAAAUCGGCAAAGUUGCUAGUGCUGCGCCAAUUGGUAUUUUUCUUAGGUCAAUCUUAUUUAAUAUAUUGUUUGCGAAGCAAGAAAACCUUACUGGUUCAGUCUUCUGUUGUCUUUCUGUUGGAGUAUUGUACCCUGGUGGUCCCCUCAUUCCUGGCACUGACCAUUCUGGCUGAUCACAUAAAUAUGCUAAUUACAACCUGUUUAUGUCUAUCAAUGGGAAUGUUGUUCCUGCAAGCACUGAACACCAGUAAACUUCAAAAACAGAAAUUUCAAGCAAUACUAUCUGCUGACAUGUCUGGAAGACUGCCUUUUAUUGGAAGCUUCAGAGCGUAUGUAGUGAUUGCUACAGCCAUCUGUAUACUUGCUGUUGACUUUGUCAUAUUUCCUCGGCGCUUCGCCAAAGCAGAAACAUAUGGAAGUGGACUGAUGGACAUGGGAGUUGGAGCAUUUAUAUUUUCUAAUGCUAUAGUAUCACAAGAAGCAAGAAGUGUUCAUUCAACUGAAACAUUGAGCAGCUUUUUCGGGGUACUAUUUAGAUCUUUGAGGUCUUCUUUACCAUUACUAGUACUUGGUUUUUUGCGUCUGAUUUCUGUCAAAGGAACAGAUUAUCAAGAGCAUGCAAGUGAGUACGGGGUUCACUGGAACUUUUUCUUCACUUUAUUUGUUGUAAGGGUAAUGUCAACAGUGCUUGUUAGAUUCAUCCCUGGUCACAGCUGGUAUGGUGUAACAGGAAUUAUUUUAGCUGUCUUGUAUCAAUACCUCCUUAGCAUGGGUGGUUUGAGAGAGUUUAUAUUAAAUGGAACACAAGGAGAUGGAUCACGUCAAGGAUUACUGGAUGCAAAUAGAGAAGGCCUAUGUUCGUGUGUUGGUUAUUUAGCUCUCUACCUUAUUGCUGUUCAGUUUGGAAAAUUUCUCUUUCGUAAACGGAACACUGUAGGACAGUGGAUCAAAGCGUUUUUAAUCCUAGUCACCAUUGAUGUUACAUUUUAUGCAUUGGUUCAUAUAUCACAGCAGUUUGUCAGCCCUAUUUCAAGAAGAAUGGCAAACUUAUCUUUUGUCCUGUGGCAGGUGGGAUACAAUGUUCAACUUAUCUCAGAGUUCUUGCUUUGUGAUAUACUGAUAGCCACUGCAAAUCACCUGGGCUUGCUUGAAGGCGCAAUAACUGGAGGCUGUCAUGUUUGUUAUCCUGGAAAAGUCCCGGAUGAGAAUGGCAAAACGUCACGGACCAAGCAGAAGAUGCCAUGCACAUGUUUCAUAUCAGCUGUUAACCGAAAUCAGCUUUUGUUCUUUUUGCUUUCAAAUGUAUUAACGGGAAUGGUGAACUUUUCCAUAAAGACAAUAUUCUGUACUCCACUGAAGGGAUUUGUAAUAGUUGGUAUUUACCUGAUGGUGUUAAACUUUUUAAUUUCUGUCUUACAUCUACGAGGGAAAACUUUGAAACUUUAAUGAAAUUCAUACAGAUCACUGGGCAUGUCAGGCUAUUUUGUACCUUUUAUUUUAGCAAUAAAAUUGUCUUCACAUGAA